UGCACAACUACACGGGAACAUAUGAUUUACACCGUUGACGUCGCUCCGAAUUUCGUUUCUCGUGCUGGCUAUCUACUAGCCGAAAUGGCCACCAAUCCGGCCUAUUAUGCAUGGGAAUUGAAGUCACAUACAAACAAACUGAUGAAGAAGGAUAUUGAAUUACUGAAUCGUCGAAAUUUAGAAGCACGUAAGUCUCGCCUGCCAUGA